AUGCAAGCGGGUGGCCCCCGACCCGCGAGGGUCCCUCUUGACCCUUCGCGUGUCGCUUCUAUGCUGCUGCAGCGAAAGCCAAGAGACACAGGGGGGCCCCCUGGGGGGCCCCCUGGGGGGCCCCCUGGGGGGCCCCCUGGGGGGCCCCCUAGCAGGGCCCUGAGGCCAGGGGCCCCUGAGUCCAGCAGCAGCAGCAGCAGCAGCAGCAGCAGCAGCAGCAGGACCAAGGCCCCGCAGCAGCCGCUGUGGAAGCCGCGCUCACGGGCACAGGAGGCUGCAGCAGAUGCGAAGCAGCAGCAGCAGCAGCAGCAGCAGCAAGGGCAGCAGCAGCAGCAGCAGCAAGGGCAGCAGCAGCAGCAGCAGGAUGACGCUUCUGCUGCAGUGCAGGCUACUGCUGCUGUUUACAAAGCGAAGGCGCAGACGAAAGUGGCUGUGCGGCACCUGCACCCCACAGUGACGGAGGAGCAGCUGCUGCAGCAGUUGCCUCCAGAACUCAAGGAGGCCCUCAUUUCUUCUUGGCUAAUACCUGGCCGCACGCUGCACGACGGAGUUAGCUGCGCCCCCAGCGUGUGGCUGCUGAACAUGAAAACCCCUCAAGACGCCGACGCCAUUUGCCGCCUCUUCAAGACGGCCUCGCAAACCACAGAAGAGCGCGAGCCCAGACUCUUUUUAGAAGACAUGACUGCCCGCAUAGUUCUUGUUCCUGCAGCAGCAGCAGCAGCAGCAGCAGCAGCAACAGCAGCAGCAACAGAAGCAGCAGCAGCAGCAGCAGCAGCAGCAGAAAGAGCAGCCUUCUCAACUGUUUCAGGGAGCCUCUGCAUGUCAGGGACCCUCGACAUUAACCGAUGCGUAACGGGAAUGGUGGUCGCCGUAAGAGGAUACUCUUUAGGCACGGGGGCCUUCAGCGUAAACCAAAUCUGCGUUGCGGGGGCCCCCUCACCAGGGGCCCCUCUGGGGGCCCCCCAGGAGGCCCCCCAGGGGGCCCCCCAGGGGGCCCCCCAGGGGGCCCCCCAGGGGGGCCCCCUGACAGGGGGGCCCCCAGGGGCCCCCAAAGCGGUGGGAAGUGUAGAGUUUGAUGCUGAAGACAAAUAUGUUUUGUUUGUUUCGGGUGGGUUUAGAAGACUAAGUGGAAACAGCGCUUCUCUGCGGCUGUUGGCUUCGCGCGUGGCGCAGGUGGUGGUUUGUGGGGACUGUUUGUCUUUGCCAGCAGCAGCAGCAGGAGGUGCAGCAGCAGCAGCAGAGGGGGGCGCUGCUGCUGCUGCUGCUGCUGCUGCUGCUGCUGCUGCUGCGCUGCAGGAAGCAGACGCGUUCCUGGCGCAAGUUGCUGCUGCUGCUCCGCUGCUGCUGCUGCCGGGCCCCACAGACCCCACAACGCAUGCGCUGCCGCAGCUGUCUAUACACCCCGCGCUGCUGCCCCACACCCGCCAGUUUGCUGCUGCAGCAGCAGCGCCAAACCCUCACGCUUUUGAACUUGACGGAAUCCGCUUCAUCGGAAGCAGCGGACAGCCGGUGAAAGACAUUUGCCGCCAGAGCUGCCUCUCCCCCAUAGAGGCUCUCGAGCUGACGGCGCAGUGCCGCUGUAUCGCCCCAACCGCGCCAGACACUCUCCCGUGCUAUCCUUUUGUUGACCGAGACCCUUUUUGCAUAACAGGCUCCAGCUCUUACCACGUGUACUUCGCGGGGCUGCAGCAGCAGCACGAGCACCGCCAGCUGGCAGCAGCAGCAGCAGCAGCAAACCCAGCAGCAGCAGCAGCAGCAAACCCAGCAGCAGCAGCAGCAGCAGCAGCAGCAGUUGCUGUUUGCAUCCCUGACUUCAAGCUGCGGGGCGAAGCAGUUUUGCUGUCGCUAAAAACCCUCAGCUCCAGAACCCUCAAGUUCAGCUUGGCAAAGGGGAAUGGCGAAUAA